GCCCCCGCCGUCACGUGACCGGGCGCUGGGUCCAGCCUGUUGCUGAUGCUGCCGGGCGGUACUCGUUAUGGAGCUGGCGCUGCGGAGCUCUCCCGUCCCGCGGUGGCUGCCGCUGCUGCUGCUGCCGCUGCUGCUGGGCCUGAGCGCAGGAGCUGUCAUUGACAGGCCCACAGAAGAGGGCAAGGAAGUGUGGGAUUAUGUGACUGUCCGCAAGGAUGCCUACAUGUUCUGGUGGCUCUAUUAUGCCAGCAACCCCUGCAAGAACUUCUCAGAACUGCCCCUGGUCAUGUGGCUUCAGGUAAAGUAGUUUCCCAGCCUGGCCUGAGGUUGA